AUGUGCGCGCGGCGGCUUCCGGGCCGGACACGUGUGAGCCGCGCCGGGAGCGGUCAGCAGCGGGAGCGAGGGGGAAUGCCACCAGGCAAAGGACAAAUGACCCCGCUGCUGCCUGCCCCGAAGGUCUCCACGCCCACCCUGCAGGGCACCCAUGUCCCCGAAGCAGGGGGCUACGCUCAGGCCCCGAGGGGUCCCAGCUCACCACAGGGUCGCAGUAAGAAGAGGAGCCGCAAGCACCAACGGUUCAUGGAGCGCAGGGCGGUGCUGGAGCAGAAGGGGCUGCUGAGCCCCCAUGGGCGCCUGGGCAGUCAGACCCCUGAGGCAGGGCUGGAGGCACACGCUACACUCACCAAGUCAGAUGGCACCACGGCACCACGCUGUGACAAGGUCCCAAAGCCCAAAGGGGUUGCGUCCUCAUCCCUUUCUCCAUCUGCCUCUCCGGACAGCAUAGCCAGGCACCACUCCGUGCUGCUGUCCCAGGGGAAUGACAGCUCCAAGAGGGUGCGGACGUACUCCCUAGUCCUGCGCCCAGGCAAGUACGUGGCCAUUGACUGUGAGAUGGUGGGCACCGGUCCUCAGGGGAAGCUGAGCGAGCUGGCAAGAUGCUCUGUGGUGAACUACGAGGGGGACGUCAUCUAUGACAAAUAUGUCCGGCCUGAGCUCCCCAUCGUGGACUACCGGACACGCUGGAGUGGCAUCACCAAGCAGCACAUGAAGAAUGCAAUUCCCUUCAAGGCUGCCCAAGCAGAGAUCCUGAAGAUCUUGAAAGACAAGAUUGUGGUUGGACACGCCAUUCACAAUGACUUCCAAGCCCUGAAGUACUUCCACCCGAAAGACAGGACUCGAGACACCAGCCAGAGCCCUGUGCUGAAGAAGAGGGCAGGGCUCCCUGUCAGAGCCAAUGUCUCCCUCAAGAACUUGGCCAGGCACCUGCUCCAUAAAAAGAUCCAGGUUGGCUGUCAAGGACACUCAUCGGUGGAGGACGCUCAGACAGCUAUGGAGCUGUACAGACUGGUGGAGGUGAAGUGGGAGAGGGAGCUGGCCCACAGCCUGCCCCCCCGGCCCCCCAGCCCCGUCACAGACCCCGCUGCAGACAGCAGCCAGUACCUGGAUGACCAGUACUGGCCCACAGACCUGAUGGCAAGCAGUCUGUGA